AUGCCACGGUCAUCACCAACUUGCCACGGUCUUCACCAGCAUGCCAAGAUCUUCUCCAGCGUGCCACUGUUUUCACAGGCAUGUCACGGUCUUCACCAGCAUGCCACGGUCUUCACCAGCAUGCCACGGUCUUCACCAGCAUGCCACGGUCUUCACCAGCGUGCCACUGUUUUCACAGGCAUGCCACGGUCUUCACCAACGUGCCAUGGUCUUCACCAGCAUGCCACGGUCUUCACCAGCAUGCCACGGUCUUCACCAGCAUGCCACGGUCUUCACCAGCAUGCCACGGUCUUCACCAGCAUGCCACGGUCUUCACAAGCGUGCCACUGUUUUCACAGGCAUGCCACGGUCUUCACCAACUUGCCAUGGUCUUCACCAGCAUGCCACGGUCUUCACCAGCAUGCCACGGUCUUCACCAGCGUGCCACUGUUUUCACAGGCAUGCCAUGGUCUUCACCAGCAUGCCACGGUCUUCACCAGCAUGCCACGGUCUUCACCAGCAUGCCACGGUCUUCACCAGCAUGCCACGGUCUUCACCAGCAUGCCACGGUCUUCACCAGCAUGCCACGGUCUUCACAAGCGUGCCACUGUUUUCACAGGCAUGCCACGGUCUUCACCAACUUGCCAUGGUCUUCACCAGCAUGCCACGGUCUUCACCAGCAUGCCACGGUCUUCACCAGCGUGCCACUGUUUUCACAGGCAUGCCACGGUCUUCACCAGCAUGCCACGGUCUUCACCAACAUGCCACGGUCUUCACCAGCAUGCCACUGUUUUCACAGGCAUGCCACGGUCUUCACCAGCAUGCCACGGUCUUCACCAGCAUGCCACGGUCUUCACCAGCGUGCCACUGUUUUCACAGGCAUGCCACGGUCUUCACCAGCGUGCCACUGUUUUCACAGGCAUGCCACGGUCUUCACCAGCGUGCCACUGUUUUCACAGGCAUGCCACGGUCUUCACCAGCAUGCCACGGUCUUCACCAACAUGCCACGGUCUUCACCAGCAUGCCACGGUCUUCACCAGCAUGCCACGGUCUUCACCAGCAUGCCACGGUCUUCACCAGCAUGCCACGGUCUUCACCAGCAUGCCACGGUUGUGA